CCUGUCAGCUUGUGGAGGAGUGCUCCAUUAUCGCGACCAUUGGCUCGUGGGGAAUGAGGGGAGGGGGGCCUCGGGGAGCAGCCGGGAGCUGUCCCCCCCAGGGGUAUCCAUCCUGCAGGUCAUGAAGGGAUCCCCAUUUCCCCAUGAUACAAGAUGACCCUCCCCCAGCGACUGUCCCCUCUCCGACCUCCUGCGAUACGACCCUGUCGUCCUCUUUUCCGCUUCACCUCCGUCUUCACUCCCACCCCCAUUGCUCCCAUUGCUCCCAUUGCUCCCAUUGCUCUCUGAGACCCAGGGCCCGCCGACCUGGUAGCCGGAUUUGCGAUCAUCCGAGGCUUGGAUCUGCCCGGCGUUUCCCACACAGCUUUCCUCCUUCAGAUACGAACAUCAUCUCCUUUACGAUCGCGACCUCGUUACAAUCGAUCAAAGAUGGAACCCUAUGCAUACCCUGCCGAAGGGUUGGAUGAGAUGGCAGAAAAGUUGAACCGAUUAAGCACAGCGGACUCGCGGCAUGGUGACUCGGCCCCAUUGCUCGACGGGCGGUCCUAUGACGCCUACGAUCCCCGACUACGACCCCCCUCGAGCGGCUACCCGCUGCCACCGACUCCCGAGUCGCAAUGGAGUCCCACCGAUGACCUUUUUCGAGUCCCGAAUUAUGAGCUUGGCCAGCGGCACGCUGCCGCAUUGCCGCUGCAGCGUCCGGUGUCGAGGAGCAAGUCGUCACUUUUCCGAAAAGACUCGCAUACAUCGGACCGAAGGCCCUCGAGAGGCUCGUCCGCCGGUUUCAGCCUGUACCCCGCAGCCCGUCCGCCACCGCCGAAGCAGCCGCUGCCCGCGCUUCCCUCCAACAAAUCUGCACGCCGCAUCUCAUCCCAGGGCUCCUUUGACAGCAGCUCAGUCGCAUCGGGCGAGACUUCGAGAUACUCGGAUUCCACCAGGGGUUGUGGGCUCGAGCGAGUGCCCACGAACGGAACACCAACGUCUCCACACACCAAUGCGCAUUUCGUGGCUAUCCCUCCCGUGCCCGAGGAAUAUCGGACACGGCAGGAAUCACAAUCCAAGGCUGUGACUGUUGUGCCCUGGAAAUCUCUCACACACCAGGAAAAGGCCCCCAAGGAUCCAUCCGUCUACUUCUUUGACAUUUCAACAACGUCUGCCACCCUGGCCAGCAAACAUGGCAACAACAUCAUUAAGGUGUGGUCUGUCGGCUCAGGCGAGGUCCAGAGCCAGAUCAAAAUCUCUUGCUACACAACCGCCCAGCCUCGGUCGCGCGAGUAUUUCGUCCGUAGCCAUGCCAUUCUUUCCGAGCCCUCCAACAUGAUAGCCAUUGCCACCGGCUUCGGUGACUCGCUCGAGAUUUGGGACUGGGGCAAGAAGAAGAAGCUGCAGUCCAUGGACAAAGCAGACCGUUGGGCCGCCGUUCGCUCCAACGUUAUGGAAGCCGGAUGGUGCCCCCUUGUCACCUACAGAGGAGACAACGACACCAUCGAGCUGUGGGAAGCGACAUACUCCAAGAAGCCAUUCAAGAAGACGCGCGUGAUUGAGCUCGCCAGGGCGGGUCUCCCGGUGUUGCCAAAGUAUCCCGAACUCGCCUUCUCCGCCACUGGACCCCUCCUGAUCACCGCCUCCGGGCCUCGGCCACCCAGACUAGGGCACCCUCCUCCCGAGAGAGAGACGCUCCUCAUAGCCUGGGAGAUCCACAACGGCGCCGAAAUGACAACACCGUACAAGGUCGUGACACCAUGGCAGCAUGCCGAGCUGGACACCGCCCUCCCAUCUGGUCUCGCCACCUACGGUUCAGUCGCCGUAUCAAUCUGGAUCCCCGCCUCCUACCGUGCCAUCCCCGUCCCGGCCGCGAGAGGCGGCAACGGGUACAACCUCGCCCCCGCCUCGGUCCCCUUCCGGUAUGUCCUUGUAUGGGACUUUUCUGCGUCAUCCACGAAGACCUUCCGCAUCCCCAACGCCAUGUCGUGCGUCAGCCCGGAUUGCAGAUUUAUCGCCUACUGUGACUCUAGGGGGGUUGACUCGGGAGCGAGAGGAUGCUUGGCGGUGCUGGAUGCCAUGACGGGGAAGCAGCUGUGGUGCUGGCCGGACCCGGAUGCCACUGCUGCGGACGUUGAUAUGAUGGCUGGGUUCAGCCAGUUGGCGAAUUUGAGCAAGGUGACGGAGAUGUGUUUUUCUGCCGAUGGCGGCUUCUUGUUCAUUGGGGACAGCGAGGGCGGCACGGGAGUUUUUGAGGUGAGGGAGGGCGGAAAGGGGAUUAGCAUGAGGCCUGUCUAGGAGACGUCUCUGCUUUCCCUGCAAGAUAUCUUGGAUGAGGGUGACCAGAGAACUAAUGGGAAGAAGAAAAAGAAGAAGGAGGUCGAGAGGAAGGAAAAUGUGCGGGACAAGGAAAGGGAAAGCGAGGGUCUCGAUGCCUUGAAUGAGCUGGUCAAACAGGUCGAGGCGGAAGAGAGGGUCUGGAGGACAGGUCAAAGCUGGAGGUGGUGAUGACGCAUGCCUUUCAAUCUUUGAGAUAUAAUGGUUGUAAUCUAGGAAGACAUCUGAGCUGGAUCUUUUUCACAUUCUUCAUCGGGUGGGGGUUGGGGCGGGGAUUUGACACUGCGGCGGUAGUCACGGAGAUUGGAUCAUCAGGCUUGUGGAUAGGAGGUCGGCUGGGGAAUAUGACAGGAUGAGAACGAGGGUUUGGCCUAGCCAGCGGUUGUUUAUGUUUUUCUCUUUCUCUUUUUCACAGAUGUGUAUUGCUCGAGAUUUUCACGGAUACCCCCUUCCCCUACCAUACCAGCCACGUUAGCACGUUUGGGCAUUUUGUUGCGCAGACAAAUUAAACUAAUUUAAUGUCAUGAGAACUUGAUACAAUGUUCA